CCUGAAUUCGCGGUAGAAUUCUUUUUUCUUUAUUUAUUUACCAUUCCAAGCGGAGUGAACAAUAGUCUGCUUCAUAACCUCAUAUUUUCCAUAAUCUCCUUGAUCAAAUUCUAUCUCUCGGAACCCUCGUCGCGACGAUUCUUCGAACAUAUACGUUCCGCACCACAUACGCACAUUAUUACAAUGAUAUGGUCAUCAUCCUUGAUCAUAACGAGUCUGCUCUGCAUCUCACCAGUCCAAGCUGCCGACGACAACAGAACCUGUUAUAACCCCGAUGGAUCACAGGCAUUGUACGAUGUCCCUUGCACAUCCAACGCUACCACGUGGUGUUGUAACAAAAACGACGUCUGCAUGUCAAAUGGUUUAUGCUACUUGCAAGAAAAUGGAGGAUUCGCACUCUCCCGCGCAAGCUGUACUGAUAGCUCUUGGAAUGCAGAGGGUUGUUAUCAAUACUGCUGGGAAAUAAACCCGAGCUCAGGAUUCCCUAUCGUCGCCGCUUCAUAUGACGGAAAUUCCACAACGUACUGCUGCGGUACCGCAAGUUAUGAUAAUGGCGCAGUUACCUGCGGACAUGGAACCGCCUCAGUACCAGCAGGGACAGCCAUGCCGGGAGUAGCAGCCCUUGCUGUUUCUUCUUCAUCCACGGCGUCUCCUGCUUCCAACAAUUCCAUUUCCAAUCCCAGUUCCAAUUCGAGCCACUGCAGCACGUCCAACUACUCAUCACGCGGUACGGUCAUCGGGGUCGGUGUGGGCGUCCCCCUCGGCGUUAUUGCCAUUGCGUCGAUCGCGUGGGCGUUCUGGGAGCGUCGCAGUCGACUAAAAGCAGUGUCGCAGAGAUCAGAGAUGGAAGUUCAGGGUCUAUCCGGUUUUGGUGGCCACUUCACGGAUAGCGUCGCUCCCGCAGAGUUGGCUCAUAACCCUGUCUCGGAGUUAUGUAGUCAGAAGGGUCAUGAUACUCGGAAUUACAGCUAAUGGUUCUUUUCAGAGGCGUGGCUUUCGGGGAUUGAGAUGAACACAGACGUCCUCUUGCUCAUCGCUGUGCAGGUUGGCAGAUAUAUGUAUAUAAUUAUUAGGUGGUAUAUAAUGCAGGCUACAUCGGCAUCUGUGGCCAGUUUCUGUUUCAGUGCCUUGGAUUACUAUUUUCAAAUAUAUCGGCAGAAGAGGCCAGACUGCUAUUUAUACCCGGCAACAUCUCUUUGCCAAAGGUUGAAUAGUUAUCGGUAUCGACGCUGGUUGUGGGUGAGAGUCCAGCCUGUAAAUACUAUGGCGGAGUUAAAGUGAAGUCGAAAGAGAAUAUAAGGGCAAAU